AUGACGUCCGCUCUCAAAGUACCACCAGGAUCUCAGUGUGCCCUGCCGACCGUCGCCAUCGCUUCUAUGAUAGCCACGGCACUCUGUUCUCUUCUCAUCGGUUUCGGUUACAACGCCUAUGUUGUUUCCGGAUACGCAAUCAAAGACAUCACCGAAAAAAUCAUGCUGCGCAUCGAUUGUCCGUUCGUGGAGGUCGCCGAAGAUGAGGAGGUCGAAGAAGAGGUCGAAAAAGUUUCCAAGUACACUGUCACACCUCCGAGGGACUUGAGGAGCAAGCUCUUGCUCAUGAUGGAGGGAAGGGAGAAGGAAAAAAUUAGGUUGGAGGAAGAAAAGGCGGCUGAGAUAGAAAGAAAUAGGAUGUUGGAUGAAGAAAAACGCCCAUUUGACUCAUUAGAAGGUCAAAGAAUCCACGGAUGGAUUCUUUUAAAGGAAGGUAAAGAUGUAGAAGCUCCAUUUUUUCUGGAACCCACUACGGGUUUUAGAUACGAGUUGGACUCGGCAAUGUAUUGUGGAAUUGAAAGCUUAUGGAAUGACAAAAACUAUUGGAUUAACAUGCAACAAUGCACUGAAGGUAUGUCCUGUAUAGAGUAUGAUUUAACAGAUGUUGAAAAAUGGGAACAUUUGUUAAUUGGAGAACCAAUUGGUAGUAGAAAGUAUAAAACUGAAGAUAUUGGUGAAGAGGAUGAUGGUGGGAAGGAAAUGUAUGAUGAAAAGCAUUUGGAUAUGCCUCUCUCAUGGAGUUUACCUAUCAGCAUGCCACAUGAAGCUUUGGCAACUCGUUUUCCCAACGGUUCCAAAACAUCCCACUACAAGCGAACCAUAGUGGAAGAGUUUGCACCUUACGUAAUGUCAGAUGGUCUAGUAACGCGUAUUGCGAGUUACAAAGAUUUUGAUUGCACAGUGUUGGUAAAAAUCGAAGAGAGGUAUAAGAAUAGAAGCGAUAAACUUUAUAAAAACGUUUACGAUCUGGAAACGAAUAUUGUUGAGGAUUAUUUUCAUCCUGGACGAGAAGAUGGAUGUAUAAAACAUACUCAUUAUCAUAAUAAAGAAUCGAUCGAUGACUUCAGGAUUUUAGAUUUUAAUAACAGAUUUGAUGGUUUAAUUAAAAUUGAGACAGAUUUAAAACAUCUCACUGAACAUUAUGCCAACAGAGAUGAUUUCCAAAAUAAUCGACACACCGACUAUGGACCCAAAACAGAUGGCCGUAGAAGAGAUAUUAUUAAAAUUACCGAAAAAUAUGAUAGAAACGAAAAACUGCAUUACGCUGAUGACAUUAAUAUCCGAGAAUUUAAUUUUCCCACCCGCGAAAUUAACAUUAAAUAUCACUAUGGACCCAGUCAAAUUACUUAUUCCACCAGGUAUUUUCAGAAGCCUCCACCGGCUGAGAUUGGAGAGGUGGAAACUUUUCAUCCAGAGUUGACUUUUGGCUAUCAGAGCGAUCUAGAAGCCAAGCCACCUACGCUGGUACAACUGUAUUAUUUGUUGGAGAAACAAAUGAAAGACGAGGAAAGGUUAACUGACGAUGUCAGGAUUAUGGAGAAACAAAUCAAAGAUUUCCUAUUUCUUCGUAACCGAGAACUGGCCUUCCCAUCCCUGGAAGUUUCCCUCUUCAACAGAGAACAAAACAUCGAAAAUCGCAUGGCGAUGCUGCAGGAGGAAGCUGAAGCUAAGCUUCAAAUGGACAAAGAAAUGGAGGAAGAAACCGACUACUUUGGUCCAUACAUCGCCAAAUUCGAUAACCCUCACAUGCUCUCUUCCUUCCAGAUUCGCCAGCUUAAACUGCAAUGUUUAACGGAUUUCAAAGAGAUGCUGGUUAACAGAGCGAAUAAUAUUCAAAAGAAAUUCGAAAAGUUCUCUGAAAUUUUACAACAAAAACAAGCAUGGUACAAUCAAAACUACGAUGAUCUUACUGAGUUUGAUAUUCAAAGUACAAUGCAAGAAAUGUCCUAUAUUAUUUUCUACAUGCAUACUUUGGAGCUAAGACUUAUCAGACAUCGGGAUCUCUCAGCAUCAAGAUAUGAAGCAGUGGCUCAAUAUUUGGAAGAUCAUAAGUUCAACUAA